AUGGGAUUGUCGUGGUGGUACAUAUUGGCAGCAGUAGUAGCAAGUGCCACUGCUGUUCCUUUAAGUGCUGGAUCCCAAGGUGACCCCUUCACGCUCCCAGAGUUCUUGUCUGGAGCAUAUAGCCAGCGAGGAUUUAAUGGCACUUGGAUCUCAGAUACACAGUUUACGUUUAGAAAGGCUGGAGAACCUGGUAUUCAUGUGUUCGACGUAUCUAAUCUGACUGACGAGGUUUUAGUGGAAGCUGCGCUGUUGGAACGUCUGAAUACUAGUAAUCCCGUUCUAUCUCCUGAUGGAGAAUUCAUAUUGGCCUCAAGCGAAGUGCAGCGGGUCUACAGAUAUUCAACUACUGCCCAAUUCGCCUUAUAUCACAUCGAAGAUAAUACUGUAACGAGUGUAGCCGACAACAAUCGAUUACAGUUAUGCAUAUUCGGGGGCGGUCACGCUUUGGCCUAUGUAUUAGAAAACGACUUAUAUUAUCUGCCGGAAGGGCAGAGCGAAUCUUUACGGAUAACAAAUGAUGGGAUUCCUGGUGAAAUUUAUAAUGGACACACUGAUUGGGUCUAUGAAGAGGAUGUCAUGUAUACCGGUCAAGCGACUUGGUUCUCGACCCAGGGUACAUAUCUCGCCUUUGCGACCUUUAACGACACUGAAGUGGGAACAUACUCUUACUACUACUACGUUGAUAAGAGUGACCCUGAUGAUCUGUAUCCUGAACUCGUUGAUCUUAAGUAUCCUAAGGUCAACACUCAAAAUCCCACUGUUUUAUUGCGCGUUGUGAACUUGACCGCCCUGAUUGAGACCAAUACUGUUUCCUUCAUUACAAUGGAUCCGCCAGUAUCUGUAACAAACGACCACAUCCUGGGGGGAGUGCGGUGGGUGUCUGACUUUGAAAUUGCUAUGCAUUGGCAGAAUAGAAGACAAAAUUAUGCUGUUCUCAGGAUUUGUAAUAUAAUAACUACUCAUUGCGAGGAGGAGCACCGUGAAGAGCCGGAAGGUUGGAUCCCAUUAGCUUUGCCUUUCUUCAGUCGAAGCGGUGACUUCUUCCUAUCCACACGCUGGUCUCUGCGACAGGCUGACGAUCUGGCCUGGCAGCACUUAUACAUAAGUAUGAGGAUCGGCGGACAAAUUGUGUCUAACUCCAUCACUCCUGGUGCUUUCACUGUAAACAAUUACAUUGGCAUGGAUGAGACGAAUGUUCGUUAUUAUUACACUCGUACAGUGACUGAUAAACCGUGGGAGUCAGAAGUUCACGUAGCAGGCGCUAACACAGGUUGCUUGAGCUGUAAUCUAGUAAUGCCUCAGGGAGGCCCAUGUGCCUGGGCCACAGCUACCCUGAGUUUUGAAGGCCGCUACAUGACAAUCACAUGUACAUCGCCCGAGGAACCUUCGGCUACUUUCAUUUUAGAUCCUGUUGCAAUCUCAGUACUGGCCAUCUGGGAGGAUAAUACGGUCGUCCGCGAUCGCCUCGUGGGCAAAGCUCGUUGGGGCAGCAUCAUCGACACAGUACCCCUUCAGAACGGCUUUCAAGUCCCCUACAGACUAUUCUUACCUCCGGGUCUUGAUGUUAACGAUACCAACACGACUUAUCCUAUGGUGUUCUAUGUGUAUUCUGGACCUAACACAAAUACUGUAUACAAUACAUUUACAGUUGGUUACCACUCUUACCUGACUACGAGCCGAAACAUAAUCUAUAUGUUUGCGGACGGACGCGGCUCUGGUUUAAAGGGCAAAGAUUUACUUUUUUCGUUGAACAACGCACUAGGUACUGUUGAGAUUGAAGACCACUUCGUCAUACUCAGGCAAGUGCUGCAACGUCACCAGUUCAUAGACAGUAGCAAAGUCGGAAUGUGGGGUCAUAGUUAUGGAGGGUAUGCAACUCUGCUCUCCCUUAUACAUGACGAUGAUCAUAUGCUUCAGUGUGGUGUCUCUGGUGCACCUGUUACUUCCUGGAUUUACUAUAAUACAAUGUACACGGAACGCUAUAUGGGCCUACCUACAGAGGAGGAUAAUUUAAAAGGGUACGAAGCAGGUGACGUCACAUUAUUGGCAGAAAAACUUCGAGGACAUGACGUCUAUAUUAUGCAUGGUAACGCUGACGACAAUGUUCAUUACCAAAAUGCAGCGAAACUCAUGCGUGUGCUUCAGGAGAAGAACAUUCCGUUCCAGCAAAUGUCAUACCCUGAUGAAGCUCACAGUUUGACCGGAGUAAAUCUCCACAGAUACAAUGCUAUGGAUCGCUACUGGACUAGUUGUCUAAAACUAUAG